AUGAAGAAUAGACAGGAGCCCCUUAAAUUGCCUUCUCCCAAAAGGACUGUUAAUGUUAUACGAGGAGGGGAAGAAAUCAAUGGUGUGACGUACACAACAGCCAAUAAAGUUUCCAAAGUCACAAUUACCCACGGGAAGCGAGUGCGACAUGUUUUAGAGGAAGAAAGUAGUUCUGUGAACAUUAUUCUGCUAAGAGUACUACACGAGAUGCAAGCUAAAGAUAAAUUAGUACCAAAGGCGCAUACUUUGUCUGGAUUCGACCAUUCCAGCGUUUUAACGAAAGGAGAGGUAAUACUUACUACAUUUGCAGAAGGAGUUGUCAAGGAUACAAAAUUUCAAGUGGUAGAUAUGGAGAUGGAUUACAAUAUGAUUUUUGGGAGACCAUGGAUCCACGAGAUGGAUGCUGUUCCGUCGACCUUACAUCAAGUUAUUAAAUUUCUAUCACCAUGGGGGAUAUGUCAAAUCCGUGGGGAUCAACAGACAUUCAGGAGCAUCAACUCUGUUGCAGAUUCAAGUAUGAGAAACAAGAAAAAUAGCAAUUACAGAAUCUAG